UGGACAAAUCUUUGAUUCAAACGACAGUUUUCAUCAUGGCGACCACAGGCAUGCAGCUGAUGGGCCUGAUCCUGUCCAUUGUUGGCUGGGUUGCUGGUGCAGUAGUCUGCGCCAUCCCGCUGUGGAGGGUCACUGCUUUUAUCGGCAACAACAUAGUGACAGCUCAAAUCAUCUGGGAAGGCUUGUGGAUGAACUGCAUAGUGCAGAGCACAGGUCAGAUCCAGUGUAAGGUGUAUGAUAGCUUGCUGGCUCUGCCCAGUGACAUGCAGGCUGCCCGUGGCCUCACUGUGUUCUCUAUCCUGCUCUGUGGGGUAGCCUUGGCUCUGGGGGUCCUUGGAGUCAAGUGCACCAAAUGCAUAGGUAUCAAUAGUCUCAAAGCCCGCAUCGCUCGUAUUUCUGGUGCCUUGUUUGCCAUCGCAGGAUUCCUUUACCUUGUUCCUGUCUCCUGGACUGCCCAUUCCAUCAUCAGGGAUUUCUACGACCCACACGUGGCAGCUCCACACAAGCGGGAGCUCGGCCCUGCCCUCUACAUCGGCUGGGUGGCGUCUGCUUUGCUCCUUAUUGGUGGUUCUCUGCUCUAUGCUGGGUCCAGUCCCCCCGGCAUCCCGGGCUCUCCCACCUUCAGCAGCGGGGAAAGCAGUCCUCGUAGAGCCCCCGCAACACAGGUUAAAGGUUAUGUCUAAAAGCCCUAAACUCCUGAAAUCCAAUUAUGACACUAUGACUAUGUUUCUCAGUUUACUUUUUCUUUAAAAAACAAAAACAACCUACAUUCAGCUCGAUAGAGAAAAUGUAAAUUUUUUCCCCCCGAUGAUUUCAAUUUUUUUUUUUAAAUAACUUUUUUCUGUCUGUCAUCCAAAUACAAUAAAAGUUGUAUCCUCUAAUGAGGAAACUUGUGUGUGUACAUUUUUACAAAUAUAAAAUCUUUCAAAAAUC